UCACUUUUUCACGAGUCCUCAUUAAACUUAAGUCGUGCUAGUGAACAGCAUGUGAAUUGACGUUCUGAUGUAUAGGUAGACUUACCUGAAGAAAAAUGAAAUUAAUCGCAUUUGUCGGGAUCAUCCUGCCCUUUUUAAAUGCACUACCAGAAUUGCCAGAGAGACAUUCUCUCUAUUAUGUGUAUACGGCUCUCUCAAAGCCCAUAUCUGCACCUGGCAUUUAUGAAUUCAUCGCCAUGGGCGUCCUGGAUAAUCGAAAGAUUGACUACUACAACAGUGUUGAUAAACUGAAGAUCCCUCAACAGAAGUGGAUGAGAGAGAAGCUUCCCUCAGACUACUGGGACAAGGGAACCCAGUCACGCAGGAGCAAAGAACAGUGGUUCAAAGUCAAUGUGAACAUCCUGAUGGAACGGAACAGACAAAACAACUCUGAUGUUCACGUCCUGAACUGGAAACAUGGUUGUGAGAUUGACAAAUAUCCAGAUGGCACUGUAAAAUUCAUCAGGGGUGCUGAUGAGUACAGCUAUGAUGGACAGGAUUUCCUGUCCUUUGAUGAUGCGUCCAUGCAGUGGGUUGCCCCAGUGCCCGAAGCUGUACCCACAAAGCAGAAGUGGGAUGGGGUUCCCAUCCUCAACCAGUACACCAAGGGCUAUCUGGAGAAGGAGUGUGUGGACUGGCUGGACAAGUUCGUCACCUACGCUGAUGCAGAACUCAUAGGAUUUUCUCCACCCCAAGUUUACCUCUUUGCUCGGACAAGCAAGGGGUCUCCAGACAUGCUGACCAUGACCUGCCUGGCCACCAGAUUCCUUCCAAAAGACAUUGACAUGUUUAUUGAGAAGAGAGGCUCCAUUGUGAAAAAAGUUGAUCCCCUGCAGAUCUCUCCAAAUGGCGAUGGAACUCAUCAGGCCAGAUUGGUUGUGCACGUACCUAAAUCAGAGGCCAAUGAUUAUCAGUGUUUUGUGAACCACAGGACCCUCAGAGCACCAGUGGUCAGUAAAUGGAUAUCAGAUGGAGUUGUGACUGAUGAACCUUCAUCCAUUGGUGUGAUUGCGGGAAGAGCUGCUGGAGGUGCAGCUGUUGUUCUUGCAGUUGCAGUUGUCAUGAUCAAGACAAACAGAGCUGGGAACAAGAGUAUUGAGAUGAUCGCAGCACCAGCUGAGAAGCCUCUGGGAGAUUCUAGUUCAGAGGGAAGCCAAGACUCUGGUUUGACCACAGGAUCAUCUGCCAGCUCAGAUAUGGGUAGCAAAGGCAGUGCUGAACCCAUUGUAUGAAAAAAAAAGUUCCAUGAAUAUGUGCUGGAUGAGAAUGGUUG